AUGUUUUCACCGUCCCAUUUCUGUGUCGUUCCCACCCAAAAGUUCAAACUCUGCUCCUCCUCUGUUUUUGCGCUUCUUCACUCUUCCACUGCAGACCCGAACAGCUUCACAAACCUUGCUGCACUCCUACAGGGCCACCUUCCGCGUUCUUAUCUCCUCCAAAUCCAUGCACGCAUUUUUCAAGUUGGCGCGCACCAAGACAAUCUCAUAGCUACGCGCCUCAUUGGCCAGUACCCAUCUUGCGUUGCUCUCAGGGUCUUUCACCGCCUCCGAAAUCCAAAUAUCUUCCCUUUUAACGCCAUCAUCAGAGUCCUCGCCCAAGAGGGUCACUUCUUUCACGUAUUUUCCGUGUUCAACGAUUUGAAACAGCGUCCACUUUUACCUAAUGACUUAACCUUCUCUUUCCUCCUUAAGGCAUGCUUUCGGACCAAAGAUGCCCGUUAUGUUGAACAGAUUCAUGCCCACAUUCAGAAAAUGGGUUUCAUUGGUGACUCUUUUGUUAGUAAUGGGCUGGUUGCUGUGUACGCUAAAGGCUUUAACAAUUUGUUAUCUGCCCGCAAAGUGUUUGAUGAAAUUCCUGACAAAAGUGCAGUUAGCUGUUGGACUUCCUUGAUUACUGGUUGUGCUCAGUCUGGUCAGAGUGAGGAGGUUUUGCAGCUUUUCCAUGUCAUGAUUAGGCAGAAUUUGCUUCCCCAAAAUGAUACACUGGUCAGUGUUUUAUCAGCUUGUUCUAGCCUUGAGAUAUCAAAAAUUGAGAAAUGGGUUGACAUUCUUUCGGAAUUGAUUGAUGAUACUCGAGAAAUUUGUCAUGAUUCGGUUAAUGCGGUUAUCCUUUAUUUGUUUGGAAAAUGGGGGAAGAUUGAGAAGAGUAGAGAAAGGUUUGACCGAAUUUCUACAACAGGAAAAAGAGGUGUGGUUCCUUGGAAUGCAAUGAUUAGUGCAUACGUUCAAAAUGGUUGCCCUGUGGAGGGUUUAAGUCUUUUCCGCAUGAUGGUAGAAGAACAAACCGCUAGACCUAACCACAUUACGAUGGUUAGUGUGCUUUCAGCGUGUGCUCAAAUUGGUGAUCUGAGUCUUGGUGGUUGGGUUCAUGAGUACCUGAUAUCUAUUGGACAUAAUGGUACCAUUGGGUCAAACCAAAUUCUCGCCACAGCUUUAAUUGACAUGUAUUCUAAAUGUGGCUGUUUGGAAAGGGCAAAGGAAGUUUUUCAGCAUACAGUCUCCAAAGAUGUCGUCUUAUUCAAUGCAAUGCUCAUGGGUCUUGCAGUAAACGGUGAAGGAGAGGAUGCAUUGAGACUCUUCUACAAAAUGCCAGAAUUUGGCUUACAACCCAAUGCUGGAACAUUUGUUGGUGUUUUAAGUGCAUGCAGUCACUCUGGGUUGUUGGAGAGAGGACGCCAGAUUUUCAGAGACCUAACCUUUUCCAACUCUCUUAAAUUGGAACAUUAUGCUUGUUACAUUGAUCUGCUUGCAAGAGUAGGAUGUAUAGAAGAAGCUAUUGAGGUUGUAACUUCUAUGCCUUUCAAGCCUAACAAUUUUGUCUGGGGUGCUUUGCUUGGAGGGUGCUUGCUCCACUCUAGAGUUGAGUUGGCCCAAGAGGUUUCCAUGAGGCUUGUUGAAGUAGACCCAAAUAAUUCUGCAGGCUAUGUGAUGUUGGCUAAUGCACUAGCAUCUGAUAGUCAAUGGAAUGAAGUUUCAACGCUGCGACUGGAAAUGAGAGAGAAGGGGAUCAAGAAACAGCCAGGAAGUAGUUGGAUUAGUAUGGAUGGAGUUGUACAUGAAUUUCUUGUUGGCAGUUACUCACAUCCUCAAAUUGAGAGCAUACAUCAUACAUUGAUUGGAUUGGUGAAGCAUAUGAAAGUAGCAAGCAGUUGUCAAUUUGUGAGCUGUUACUAGAUAUGUUGUGAUUACUACGAGGGGAAAUUACGGUAGUUAUUUUUUCUCAAAGCUUGCAGGUC